UUGCUCGUCCUUCACCCUCCCCCAAAGACCCCCUCAUCUGCGACCCCCGGUCGGCCGGACUGUCCACUUAGCAGCAGCACUGAACGGCCAAACCCACCAGUCUCUGAGCUCCUCCGGGGAGGGGGGGCAGGCCCUUGGCCUGUGCCAUUUUCUCAACCCAAGCCCACCUACCUUGUCGAACGCCGCUACCAGAGUCCGUAUCUUUUGCCCGUGAGAUACCUCAGUCCUCGCCGCUAUACUUGCCCUCCCAGCACAGCGUCGCGCUACCUGGCUCCGUACGCAAGUAUGGAUAGCCAAAGAGGCGAGGACGGUAAUCCUAUAUACGCCAAACUCGUAGCUAAUGUACCUGCAUUAGAAGAGUUGGGCGAGCUCGACGAAGAAAAAAAAAGAGAAGCAAAUAUCAAGGAAGACCAAGACGAUUCACCUGCUCUCCUCGAGUGUUUGUGUGCUGUGUCUGGUACCUGCCUGAAUAGAGACCUCCAUACAAACGGCCCUCCACCGCUUGUUACUCAGCCCCGAUUUCAGAAGAAAAAGGGCAUUCCCUCGCUUCGCAUCGUCACCGUCCUCGGCUCCAUUCGUGCAACCCGCAUUGCAAUUUCGAGAGACUCACCCCAAGUCUCCUCUGCUGCCACAUCGACAAACGUCUUCUCCAUCAGUCAGCCUGCAACCUAA